GCGACCGUGCGGGCCACAGCAACCGAUAUGAUGUCGAGCUCAGGUCGACUGCGGAAGCGUCCUGCUAUCUGGCUCUGCCACUCACUGUUAUUUAGAGUCGUUCUACUGCUAUCCUGUCUUACGCGCAGCCAUGCCUUCAGACUCGGUCAGAGGGAGCUCACUCAGCUGUCCCCAGACGCGAUUUUCUCGCUAGUCUCUUCACCAGACCCUGUGCGCAAUGUCGAUCCUUCGAACCCGGAUUCGCAUCUGGCUCACAUCCUCAUACCCCGUCCGCCUGACACCGAGAAUAACACUAUGGUCAAGGACUACAUUGUCUCAACCAUGCAGCAUUUAAACUGGCACGUCGAAGAGGACACGUUCACGGACAACACCCCAUACGGCACGAAACGCUUCACGAAUGUCAUUGCAACCAAGGACCCGUCUGCCUCCCGCCGCGUCAUUUUGUCCGCACAUUUUGACAGCAAGUUCUUUCUCAAUUAUCCCCGGAGCCAGUUUGUAGGUGCGACUGACUCGGCCGCACCAUGCGCAUUCAUGCUUGAUCUAGCAGAGGCUCUCGACCCUCUCUUCUAUGAACGGCAACAGCGUCUGGAGGACGGAGAGGAGGAAGAUGAUGAUGUCGCGGAGACGACUCUUCAGUUGGUCUUCUUCGAUGGUGAAGAGGCCUUCAACACAUGGACGAACACAGACUCUAUCUACGGUGCAAGGCACCUCGCAAAGAAAUGGGCCACCACUUACGUCAACCCUCAAGCCAAGCGGCGAUUGUUGCCCUCUAUGAUUACGGAGCUCUCAACUAUAGAGCAUCUCAUAUUGCUCGACCUGCUCGGUGCUCCUCAUCCAACAAUCCGCUCGUCGUUUCUUGACACCGCCUGGCUGUUUGAUGCAAUGGCAUCGGCCGAGCGCCGACUGGGGGACAGCGGCGCGUUUGCGUACGAUGGCCAGGCUGCAAAUAACUGGACGAGUUUUUUCAUCCCUCGAAAUAAUAUGCACAACUUUGGUGGUAUUGAAGACGACCAUAUACCUUUCCUACGGGCAGGCGUUAGCGUCCUGCAUGUCAUUGCGAACCCCUUCCCUAGUGUGUGGCACACCCUACAGGAUGACGCUACUGCUUUGGACGUGCCUACGAUGCGUCGGUGGAACCUAAUUCUCCGAGUCUUCAUGAGCGAAUAUCUCGGUCUCCGGCCAUCAGCCAUAGCCAGAUCUCGAGACACGAAAGCGGAUCUCCAUCGUUCUUUUGACGAGCUCCAUUCGGAUGUUGAGGCUGAGACAAGUAUAAUGUCUGCCGAUUUAACACAUGGUGCCAGAGAAUGAGCAUAUACCGGACAGACUGCGGAGAUAUUUCUCAUCGCAGGAUAC